GGACUUUUGCCUUUACGCCCCGCCACAGCAUGCACGAGCCGCCGCAUGGCACAGCAUCGAGGCAGGCAGCCCUUCACAAGGCCCUAUCCACGGCCUACCUCAACCACCAGAUCGCAGAGCUUGAGAACAGGGUCAACGCCGCCCACAUCAAGUCUCCCGCCCCGCAGGCCAAGGCGAAAGCAAAGGGCGGAGACUCAGCGAGAAGCCCAGACGCAAGUGCUCGGCAGCUGCAGCCGCAGCCACAGCCACCACAACAGCCACCCGGGGAUCCCAAUGACGAUCUCGGUAGACCGGACGACGUAGAGAUCGACGUGGACGAUGAAGCGGAAGACUGGAGAGUCGUCGUCGUUGACAUUUCAGCUUUGAUGUGGGCUAAAAAUGCUGUGAAACGAUUGGUGGCAAAAGGGUGGGAGGUGAUCAUCCCGGCAGAAGCAAUCAGCACGCUUGAUCUUUUAAAAAAAGGAUCCAACGCAACUGCUGUUGCCGCCCGUCAAGCGGCCCGAUACAUUGAACACGCCCUUCGUUUCCACGACGUCCUUUCAUCUGAUCCAUCACUUGCCAUCCAGUCGGGUACAAACUACAAACGGGGCAGCGGCAUGCGUCUCCAGCGCGCCAAGGAAACCGCUUCCGUCAAUUCUAUCGUAGACGAGCUCGCCAUCCCGCCCAUGGACGGUGAAGAAGAUUUGCCAAAAUGGGUAGAAGCCGUCUUUUCCUGUGUGGCGUAUUUCAAGAAAAUCAUGGAUGCCGAGGAGAAGGAAUGGGAUGCUGAAGACAAUGGGUACGAGCGAGAGAGAGGCCCGAUAUUGUAUGUCGGAAACCCGCCUGUAUUCGUCGAGCUCGAACAGGGUCGUGCCGAGCCGACGCCUUCCGCGAGGGACGGCGAUGCCAAAGACGGGUUGGACUAUAUGGCCAGGGCAGAGGGACAUGUCAUCCUGCAGGAAGCCGCAAGGUUUGAUCUUACAUUGCAAGUUUUGAGGGACGAUGAUGUCGAGGUAGAGGCAUCCGGUUUAGGAGGGAAAAAACAGCGCGAAAGGCGAAGAGGAAGAAAGAGGGGAGGGGAUGGUGGGAAGAGAAGAGAUAGAGAAGCAGCCAAGAAGGAACCAGAGCCCGAACGAGAAGUCAAGAUUCUGCUUCGAAGACCGUCUCCUACAAGGGAGGCAUCUCCCGACUCUUAUCCUUCACAUCUCCCUUCGCCUACCAGCCCGAUCAUACCUGGACCGGAAAUCAAAUCCCGCGAUCAUCCUCGUGCUCCUCCUCUUCUCGUCCGACCUCCUCCUCUUCCCUCCGGACGUCCACCGCCUCCCGUACCACCACCGCAAAGUAAAGGGCUCCACCACCACCACCGUCCACCACCCCCUCCACCGCUUGCUCCCGAGUCAGGUGUGGAUAUGGGACUGAGGAUGGGUAUGCAUACGAGACCUCAUCCAAAUCCCGAAAUGCGCCCGUCUCUUCCCCUGCACCCAUCGAUGGCGCACCAUCUCGAGAACGGUAUACCCCGCGACGGUGGCGGCGGCGGACACCAUCACUAUCCCCAUCCCCAUCUUGGCCAUCACAGACCACCUCCACCUCCGGCUCUGUUUGAUGAGCUUUCCGAUGGGAGUCGAGGCGCGCAUGGACAUGGUCGUCGUGGUGGGCAUGGUGGACACGGUGGUCACGGUGGACAUGGGUUUGGGAGAGGGAGAGGAGGUCAUCAUGGUCAUGGCGGUGGAGGAGGAGGUGGUGGCGGAGGUGGCGGAGGUGGCGGAGGAGGCGGUGGUAAAGGUCACGGAAGAAGACUGAAAAACCGUGACAACGAAUUCGUACUCCUCCAACGACCUCAUUCCUUUGUCCGCCCCCCUCCCCCCGGUCGACCUGGUCAGUCUCAAACUCCUGGGUCAGAACUCUUCCCUUCCAUCAACACCGCUCCUGCUGGUGCUGCUGGGGCUAAUGCUGGUGCUGGUGCCAGCAGUGGUAACGGUAAAGGCAACGGCAAAAGUUCAAUGCCACGAAUCGAUGACGAUCCUCCCGUCGUUCUCCUCCAGCGGCCCAAAUAAUCUUCUGCCUCUUAAUCCUAUCCUAUCCUAUCGUGAAACAUUCCAAGGAAAUUCGUCAUCAUCAAAAAAAAAGGAUGUUCUUGAUGAUGUGUAUUGGAUGAUCCAGAGGAAAGGGGGGGGGGAAACAAAAUGAAGCAAUCGCAUCACGACGGUGGAAACAUGGGUUUUGAAACCAAGAUCAAAGAGAAAAACGGAAAACAAGACUUGCUUUCUGCGCAAAAGCGUUUUUUGAAAACGCUAGAUUUUCCGAAAUUGCUCUUUAGAUCUCAUCGCCGGUGAUGAUCGAAUCGAGCAGCAGCAGGGGGUCUUUUUUCUCUUUUUUAUCCUCCCUCCCUCUUGGACUCAUACGUUUUCCUUUUUCUUUUCUUCUUUUCUUCAUUUUUAUCCGCCUGUCUUGCGGAUGAUUGUAACUGCGCGGAGGCUGGGUGGUGUAGGGGAUGCGAUGGCGGGAAUGGUUGGUUCGGUUUUUCGAAUGAUAGUGUGGCUGGUGGGGAGGUUAAAGUCUAUACACUGGUGGGGAGGUGGGGGGGCAAGGUCGAUGGGUUAUGCGUACUCGUAUACUACUCGAGGACUGUGCCGUUGGAAAUUGGUAAUACGCAUCGAGCUUGAAGAUUUAGGCA